UGAUGCUUUGAUGGGGAUGAAAGGGGAGAAUUCUUUUUAUGCUUCUUACUCCUCUUCGCCGUCUUGGACUGUAAACUAUACGGAAUGGGUCGGAUCGGGUUUUGGCCGGAUGGGCCGAGGAGAUGGGUGAUGACGGAGGGGAUGGGGGGACGAGGCGAAUUGUAUUGUAGGAUGAAAUGAGGAUGUGGAUCUUGUGCAUGGUAUACUUGUUGACUCGUUAUUGUAAUCGUGAAUGUGAUGCUACUCACUCGAUAUACUACGAGAUCUCGGGUUUCCCGCCGCAGACUGGAUUCGACUUCACGGUAGCAGUGCUACAGACAGGGCCUGAUUUGAAUGGUUAUGCAAUAGUAUCUCACAAACAAGUCCAAAUCGCGCGGAAUGGCUCCCGUUUGUAUUUCGGAACGGUGCCAAAAUCUUACUUCCAAGCUCUGAUUCGGAACCACAUCCAAUAGUAUACCAAAAGCGAGUCCAAAUCAAACGGACUGGCUCCCGUUUAUACAUCUCAACGGUGCCAAAAUCA